GGGGCGGGUAUUCUAAAUAAAAAGUACCCGCCUCCUGAGUGUAUUUCCAGGCCUCUCACUGGACCUUGAUCAGUUAGACAGUCGAAGCAGGAGAGAUGAGCACUGUGCAGGAAGUGAAUUCCAGGGUGCGUGGGAUCCGAGCCCCAGUGAACCUGCAGGGUCUAGCUGCAUGCAUCUCAGAGCAGAUUGCACAGGGUGUAAAAAAACCCUUCAAGAGUGUGAUUGAUGUCAGCUCAGGUGAUCCACACAAGGCAGGAAUGCCGCCUAUCUCAUUUAUUCGCCAGGUUAUGGCAGUGUGUCUGUACCCUGAGCUCCUAAAAGAAAAAAGCCUUCCUCUGGACGUCAGGCAGAGGGCACAGAAGCUUCUGGACAUGUGUUCUGGAGGGAGUGUGGGUUCAUACUCCACAACCUCAAUAGGUUUACCAGAAGUCCAGAAAAGCAUUUCUGAAUUUAUCACAAGGCGAGACGGUGGGGUGCUUUCUCAUCCAGAAGACAUCAUCUUAACUAUUGGCUCACAGAAGGGUUUGUCGGUGUUUUUGAACCUGCUUACCAGCGGAGAGGGCAAAACUCAGACAGGUGUGCUGACCCCCAUGCCCUGUCCACAUACUCUGCCCAUGCUGCUGGACAUGACUGGGCUGGCACUGGUUCCGUAUCGUCUUUUUGAGGAACAAGGCUGGGCUGUAAACCUGGAUGAGCUGCAUAGAGCUUUAGAGGCAGGAAGAGUCCACUGUGAGCCCAAAGCCAUAUACAUCAGCAACCCAGGAAAUCCUACAGGUUACGUGCAAGACAGAGAGACUAUUGAGAAAGUGAUUCGCUUUGCUGCUACCAACUGCCUCAUCAUACUGGCUGAAGAGGUGCACCAGGGCAGUGUGUAUGGCCAGGACAAAGAAUUUAUUUCCUACAAGAAAGUGCUGUCUGAGAUGGGUAAAACUUAUGCUGAGACAAUGGAGCUGGUGUCUUUCCAUUCAAUAUCCACAGCCUACAUAGGAGAGUGUGGUCUGAGAGGAGGGUAUAUGGAGGUAGUCAACAUUGACCCAGCAGUGAAAAAGUGUUUAAAUUUCACUCCCAGUGCUCCAGUGUUACCACAGCUGGCACUGGAACUUAGUCUUAAUCCACCUAGACCUGAAGAUUCUUCCUAUAACUCAUACACACAGGAGAUUCAUCAUAUUGAGGAUACUCUUUCCCAGAAUGCUAAACGAGCACUUGAGUUUCUGAAUAGAGUGGAAGGGAUGAGCUGUCAGCCAUCAAUGGCAGGACCCUUUCUUUAUCCCCGGGUACACUUGCCACCUCACAUGGUAGAGGAGGCCAAGAGGUUGGGAGUGAAGGCGGACGUGCUUUACUGUCAGAGGUUGCUGGAAGAAGAGGGUAUUUGUGUGGGAGCAGGUUGUGAGAAUGGACAGGAAGAUAAAAACUAUCACAUCAGGCUGUGUAUUAUGACUCCUCCUUCCACUCUGGAGGAGAUCUUGGCACGACUUCGUUCUUUCCACCAUCACCUGCUGGAAAAACUGUAGUAACAUAAAAUCAACUGUGAAUGCUACUGCAUAAAUAUAGAUUUCUUUAAGCCUUAAUCUAUCAUUUCAACCAGAUUAUGCACUGAUACUGUGCACCAGCAGUUUAGCCACUCUCCCUUUCACACCGUUCCCUAGCAAGCAAAAGCCCCCUGACGCAGUCCCAGGAGGAACCACAGAUCUCUUGAGGGUUAUGUCAGUGGGGCAUUUGGGAUAAAAAUAAAUGUUAAAAAAUUUUUCCAAAUCAAAUAUAUGGCAAAUCCUUGUGAUUAAGGGAGUCGUUGAAAGCAGCCCCACCACUCUGCAGUAGCUGAUUUGGGUUAAUUACAUUGAAGUUAAAACUGUUGGGAAUUAAAACACCAAGUUUCUAAUAGUCUGAACAAACCAUGUAAAUUAAUUUCAUGAACAUCAUGAAAACCAUUGUAAUGCAAAGAGGGACUAUUAAAAGCUAAAUGUAUUCCAACUAACACUGUGCAUGUCAGUA